AGCAGAGAGCAUACAUAAGCGCCAUUCUUGACUCUUUUUCAGUAUUGUCUUAGUUAGAGUCCAAAUCCAAACUCUUCAAAAAUGAAUUCUCUCCUCCUACCCCUUCUGCUCCUCCUUCUCACCACCACCACCACCGCCACCGCGCACAACAUAACCCGCAUUCUGGCCAAGCACCCAGAAUUCUCCACCUUCAACCACUACCUCACAGUCACCCACCUCGCCGGAGAAAUAAACCGGAGGCAGACCAUAACGGUCCUGGCCAUCGACAACGCGGCCAUGUCCUCCCUGCUGGACAAGCACCUCACCCUCCCCACUCUCAAGAACGUCCUCUCCCUCCACGUCCUCGUCGACUACUUCGGCGCCAAGAAGCUCCACCAGAUAAACAACUCCACCACCCUCGUCUCCUCCAUGUUCCAGGCCACCGGCGCCGCCGCUGGCACUGCCGGCUACGUCAACAUCACCAACCUGAAGGGAGGGAAGGUGGGGUUCGCGGCGGAGGACAACGACGGCGCCCUCCACUCGUUCUACGUAAAGUCGGUGCAGGAAGUGCCGUACUACAUCUCGGUCCUCCAAAUCAGCCACGCCAUCAGCUCGGCCGACGCGGAGGCCCCCACGGCGGCCCCGUCGGCCAUCGAUCUGAUAUCGAUCAUGUCGAAACAAGGGUGCAAGGCCUUCGCCGACCUCCUCAGGGGCUCCAAGGCCCUCCCCACUUUCAAGGAAAACAUCGACGGCGGCUUAACCGUCUUCUGCCCCUCGGACGCCGCCGUUAGCGGUUUCGCUCCGAAAUACAAGAACCUGAGCGACGGUGAGAAAGUGUCGCUUCUCUUAUAUCACGGCGUCCCCGUUUACCAGUCCCUGCAGACGCUGAAAUCGAGCAAUGGCCUCGUGAACACCCUGGCCACGGAAGGAGCGAACAAGUACGAUUUGACCGUUCAGACUCAAGGCGAAGACGUUGCCCUUAAGACCAAGGUUAACACAGCGACCAUUGUGGGAACUCUGAUAGAUCAGGAUCCAUUUGUGGCUUACAAGAUAAACAAGGUGUUGAUGCCGCGAGAGUUGUUCAAGGAGAGUGGAGAAGCGCCGGCGGAGUCACCCAAGGCUGCCAAGAAGAAGAAGGGCAGUAAGAAGGGAGCUGAUGAUUCCGAGGCGGCGGAUGGGCCGGCGGAUGCCCCAUCAGACGACUCGGAGGACCAGAAGGCUGCGGAUGAGAACAGCAAUGGGGUAAGUGUAAGUGGGUUGCAGGACGCCGUCACAAUGCUCUUCACUUUGCUCAUCGGAUUUUUGGUUCUAAUUCUAUCAUCAUGACAUAAUCAUUAAUCAAGGAGUGUGCUCUGUGCUCAAUCAUUCUUUUCUUUUUUUAAAUGCCAAGGAAAUGAAAUAAAACGAUGCCACCGACAGGCUGGAGGCCAUGUGUAUUUUCUUUUUUUUUGGAAUCUCUUAUUAUACGUUUUGUAUUUAUUAUUCUCUGCUUGUCUUUUUUUCGAUUAUUUAUUUCAUUGCCCUUUUUUUGAGUGUGGGUAGAUCCGGUUUGUGCCAGAUGCCAGCUGGGAUGUGUGCAUAGAAACAGUUUUUAAAAUGCUUACAUUUUUAAUGUCUUGUACUGUACCCAAUUAUUAUUGUAUUUGUAUCACACCAUGCACCAUCGGAUUCAUUCUA